CUGUUUCUCUUUCUAGGUUUAAGAAGGCUAAGACUUCACUAGAACUGUGUCUAGAAUGGACAGUUACUUUAAAGCUGCCGUUUGUGACUUGGACAAACUACUCGAUGAAUUUGAACAGAAUACAGAUGAAUAUGACUGCUACAGAACACCCCAAAAUCCGCGUGACUCAAAACACCAUUCACUGUCUUUAGUUCUGCAUUGCUUACAACAUGUAUACCCAACACCAAAACCGCAAGAGAAUGCUAACAGUUGUACUUCAUCAGAAGAGGUCUCUCUAGCUAGCCACCUUGGAGCAUGUGAAGUGCUUCCAAGUUACUCACCACAAAAUGAGCAACAGAAUGUUUCUGGACCUGAUCUUUUGUCCACUGUGGACAGCAGUUCCUUAAAUAAAAUCCAGGCUUCAAACCUGGGAAGUUGCAGUGUACCUGUAUGUGAUCUGGUUAAUGACACAGAUAACUUAAUCCACUCAGUGGCUGCUCAGGAAGAUACUCAAAAGUUGCAGCCAGAUGACUUCCAGUACAGUGAAAGCUUGAUUGGCUUUGGUGUAUCUUGCAUACCUGUUCCUACUUGUGUGUCAUCAGCUGGUGGCAGCAGUGUUUCAGGUACGGAGCAGAGUGAUGGGAGCUCAACAGUACCGGAAUCUGGAUGUCUUAAAACAGAGGAGGUCAAUAACUUAGCUUUAAAAUCAGACAGUUAUGCUGCAGCAAAGAUCUUGAUUCCAUGUGAUGAGCAACACAGGACAGAAUCUGUAAAGUGCAAUGAAGUGUCUGAGCAGCUUGAGCAAACUGCUUGCCUUGAUAUGGCGUGUGUAACAUUACAGAGUUCAAACGUGUACAGUCCUGAAGAUGAGAAAGCAUAUGAAAAACUGAUUUGUGAACCACAAGAUGAAAGUGCAGGUUCUGCAGCAAGCGAAGAGACAUAUGGAAGAGAUGCUACAGAAAAGGUAGAUUCAAAGGAUGAGACCAGUAUUGAAUUCAUACCUGCAGAUCUGCCAGAGAGGCCUCAGCUGUACAAAAGCCAUGCAGUAUUAUCUGUAAAUGGUGUUUUACCAGGCUCCUCAUUUGAAACAGGAGCUAAAGUAGAACUGGAAAAGAAAAUCAUAGAAGAGAAUGUAGGUACUAAAGAACUUAAUAGCAGUGAAAUACUAAAGAGUGUUUCAACUCCAUUUAUUUCAGUUGAGGACACCCAGACCCCACUGUUGUGUUUUCCACUUACUGUAUCUAUAUGCGGUUCUUUAGUUGUAACAGAUGAAAAAAUUAUUCCCUUACCUCAAAACGUGGCUGAGGUUAUUAGUGGUACUUUAGUUGUUCAUGCUGGAAUAUCUAAAACUGAUCCGUGUGGUAGGGAAUCCUUUGAAAACACUGACUUGAGUGAACCAGAAGUAUAUGUAGAUAAAAUCCAUGAAAAUAUUGUGGAAAAAAGUACAGAUGAAGAGAGCUGUAAUAAUGAAAAUGUAAUUGAUGACAGUGAUUUUCAGCAAAUUGAAGCUUUUACUUCUGCCUCCCUAGACUACAAAGCUGAGCUAUAUGCUGUUGGUGUAGACUCUUACUCCAGUGAAAGUCUGAGCCCAGUUAUGUCUGACUUUACUGUGGAGGAGAAAGUUAUUAAAACUGAUACUCUAAUAAGCAAUGCUGAGCUUGAUGAUUUCUUGUAUGGACAAAGUCUUCAAUCCAGUGUGUUGAAGUCUUCAGAUGAUAGUAACUUAAUGGAAGCUGAUGCAGAUGAAGGGAAUUUAAUAAAUGUGAACAACCUGUAUUUCACAGAGCUCACUGAAGAACACAUGCAAGCAAAACUGGAAGAGAUAACAAGCAUUAGUGAUAAUCUUGAAAUAUCUUUUACUGGCAGUGAAUCGGAAUCUGCAGCAGAAGAGAGUGCGUCUGGUAGUCGGGACAUGAUUGAUAGCAGUAGUGAAGCACUGGUUCCUAGUCUUCAUACUGAAGGUGCAAGACCAAAGCAGUUGCUUGGCUUUUCCCACAGAGCUGUUGGUCACAGACAACAUAAAAUAACAGAUGUACUUGAGAGGGAGAAUCAGGAAGCCAGUUCUGUUAUCCCAGAAGCUCCCCUCUCAGGCACCAGCCAGCAGGUUGGUAAAAAACAUUACCCUGAGCACUCUGGGGAAAGCUGCUCUGAAGCUGGAGGAAACCAAACAUCUGAAAAUGUGAAAUCACUUAAAAUACCUGCAGUUCUGUCCUGGAAACAACCAUUGUGGGUUCCUGAUUCAGAGGCACCCAACUGCAUGAACUGCCAAGUCAAGUUCACCUUUACAAAAAGACGGCACCACUGUCGUGCAUGUGGAAAGGUUUUUUGUGGUGCCUGUUGCAAACGAAAAUGCAAAUUACAGUACAUGGAGAAAGAAGCAAGAGUGUGUACUGGCUGCUAUAAUGACAUUAAUAAAGCACAGGCAUUUGAAAGGAUGAUGAGUCCAACUGGUCCUGACUCAAAUUCUGGUGUUUCUGUUGAGUGUUCUACUGUUCCACCUUUGGAGGAAGCUCAGGUACUGGGUAGUGCUAGCUCUCCUUCACCUUCUGCAUCAUUACCUACGCCAGUACUUAAGCAGCCUGGUAUUGAAGGGCUGUGCCCCAAAGAACAGAGGAGAGUUUGGUUUGCAGAUGGGAUUUUACCAAAUGGUGAAGUGGCAGAUACAACAGAACUUUCAUCUGGAGCAAGGAGGUCAUCAGAGGACUUAAGUCCAGUAAACCUUGAGUUGCCAGAAAUGCAUAUGGCUGCAAACCCAGAGCAAUAUGACAUAUUACCUGAUGUAUGUCCAAAACAGAAGGAAGACAGUGAUGAUAUUGCAAAAAUGGAGGAAUUAUGUCCUUCUGUUUCUUCAGAUGAUGCACAGCAGGCUGUUCCAGGUCAGAGUGAGGUGGUACAUAGUUAUACAUCUGUAAUUCUAGAAACUGAAGAGUGUUCUCCGGCUGCAGAAGCUGAGAAGACUAGUUCCAGUUCAGCUGAUCAGACUACUCGUGAUGUGCCUGUUAGUCCUUCAAGUUACAGGGCACUGUGUGGUGUUGAGAACUGUGCUCACAAAGACAGCCUUGUUCCUGAUGAUGAUAAACUGCCACCACUUCUGCUUGCAGUGGGUGAAAAAGGAAAAGAAACUUAUUGAUCAGAUUCUACCAGAUCACCCUUUUCUUUUCGGUGUUCUCGUCCAUAAGGUGGAAAUACCCUGGGCAAAAGUUUUUCCUAUCUGUUUAAUGUUGAGACUGGGAGCAGAAUAUGGGGCAUACCCCACUCCUGUAGUAAGUUUCAGGCACCGGAAGCCACUCUUUGGUGAGAUUGGACACACAAUUAUGAAUCUGCUUGUUGUUGAGUACUUAGCUGGAUCUGGAGCUCACCUUUUUCCACAGAAGUAUCUGAAUGAAUUGGACAACGGUCUGAUCCCUGUGAUUCAUGCUGGAAUGUCAGAUCCUACAAGUCUACCAUUGAAAAUGGAGUUAAUAUUUUUCAUUAUUGAGCAUCUGGUUUGAUUAGGUCGAUUACAAGCAAUACUCUGAUUUGCUAGAUCUGAACACCAAAGCUACAAUGCUACAAACUAAAAAUCUUAACGUUUUAAACCUGUUAUGUCUUAAUAGAUUUUCAAAUUGUUUUUUAAACCCUCAAAUCCUCUCUGGUUACUUUACCACAAAAGACAACUUGUUUGUAAUGUUUCCUUAGGUUCUGAAAGUUUACACUUAAUACAUGUGCAAAAGAGGGCAGGUUUUAUUACCUUUUUACACAGCUGUAGCAUUUACUGUGUGUAGUGUAACUUUAAGCUAUACUGUCUUGCCCCUUAAGCUCAGAUAAAUGCAUUACAGAAAAUUGCUGUGGCUACACCUUAUCUCUGCAGCAUCUGCUUUUCCAUGUGCAAGUGAGCUAAAACACUGAAGUAAAAGCUGGCACAAAACUCUUUUCUUGUCAUUUGAGAUUUGAAUGUGAGAUGCUCUGUAGCUGACUGCAGAUGUCAUAUGUGGGCACCUUCUGACAGUGGUUUGUGGCCUGCAUGAGGAGGAAUUUCACAGAUAUGUUUAUGAAGACUUUGUAGUUGAAGUCCUUCAUGUCAGGAUGCUAUGCUGGUGCUUUAGGAACAUAGGCUCUGAAUUAAUUUUUUUUUUUUUUAUAGAUCAACUGAUUUCUUUCUAUCAUUUAUAAGGAUUUGCCUAACUCAAAUGGAUGCUAUUUUUAUAAAUACUACUUUUUUCUUUACUCUGUGUUCGGGGCUCCUGAAAAUUUGACCUUUCGAGGAUUACUAAAAAAACCAGAUUACCCUUGAGUAAUCUAUAUGUAGCAAUAAAUCAGACAAGAAUUCUGCAGUGUGUUUUCUGCUCGAUCUACUGCAUUGCCACUUCUUAAUAGCCAUCUUUACUUUCAGGGAAAAUAGAAUUAUUAAGUGUGGAUUUUCAUUAACAGAUUGAUUUUUAGUAUACCUGAGGUUCUUGCAUAGGAUGUAUUUUUGAUACUGGGUCAUUAAGAUCUAUUUAUAUAGUUGUGAUAUAUAUGUGACUUGUACUGAGGUUCAGACAACUGUAGUGGGGUUUGGUAACUGUCACACAGCUGUUCAUUAGGAACAGAACCAAAAUUAAAUACAAACAAGAUCUAUAUUGUUUUCAGUAAAAAUUCUGGUACAGUUUUCUAAGGAGAGUAUUGAAUCUUUGAUGCCUUGUUGAUGCUAAUAAGGGGAUAUUUUAUGUUUUUGUAUCAAAAACAAUUUAUAACUUAACCUAA